AUGAGCGCCCUCGCAUCCAAGCAGCAGUCGCUCAAGAUCUUCGAGAAGUUGAAGACGAAGCCAGCGAACAAGAUAUGCUUCGACUGCGGACAGAAGAACCCUACCUGGACGUCCGUUCCCUUCGGCAUCUACCUGUGCCUCGACUGCUCCUCUAACCACCGCAACCUGGGUGUUCACAUUUCCUUUGUGCGGUCGACGAACCUCGAUCAGUGGCAAUGGGAUCAACUGCGAGUAAUGAAGGUCGGCGGUAACGAAUCCGCGACCAAGUUCUUCCAGCAGAACGGAGGCACCGCGGCAUUGAACAGCAAGGAUCCCAAGACGAAGUAUCAGUCCAACGUAGCCACCAAGUACAAGGAAGAGCUGAAGCGACGCGCCGCGCGUGACGCUCUCGAAUACCCCGAAGAAGUCGUGAUUGAAGCCGUCGAAGGAGAUGGUAGCUUCACUCCUGCCGGAGAGCCAGAUGAUGACUUCUUCUCGUCAUGGGACAAGCCAACGAUUAAGAAGCCGACACCCCCUGUAUCACGAAAUGCGACACCACCCGUCGUCGGUCGCACACCCUCUCCAUUCCUCAACGCUGGCAACAAGGACGUGCCCCGUGCGGCGUCACCUCUAUCGAAGACCGACUCCACCGAGACGAAGCCUGCCGCCAGCCGAAUCACCACAUCCGCCGCCCUGCGCAAAACGACCACGACCGGCGGUGCCAAGAAGACCAACAUUCUCGGUGCGAAGAAGGUGCAGAAGCUGGGCGUCAAGAAGGUCACCGGCGACAUCAUCGACUUCGACGAGGCAGAGAAGAAGGCCAAGGAGGAGGCUGAGCGUAUCGCUAAGCUUGGAUACGAUCCUGAAGCAGAGGAGGAGCCGGCGGCCAAGGCCAGCGCCAGUUCAUCUGCUGCCGCCAUCAUUUCCCCAACCCCCAUCAGCCCAGCACCCAGCUCUCACACACGGCAAAAGUCGAAUGCUGAGAUGGAGCGACUGGGAAUGGGUAUUGGACGGCUUGGGUUCGGUCAGAUUGGUGGUGCCAAGGCCGCUGCUUCUUCUGCUUCAGCAAAGAAGAAUGCCGGUGGCUUCGGCUCCGUGGGACCUGUGAAAGCAACUGCUGCUGACGACUCUGAAUCGUUUGCCCGCAGCAAGUUUGGCUCGCAAAAGGCCAUUUCCUCCGACGAGUACUUUGGCAAGGGCGCCUACGACCCCAAUGCUCAGGCCGAAGCCAAGACCCGACUCCAGGGCUUCGAGGGAGCCACGGCCAUCUCUUCGAACGCCUACUUUGGACGGGAGGAGGAAGAGGAGGUUGAGGAUUAUGGCGAUCUCGAGUCGGCUGCCAAGGACUUUGUGCGCAAGUUUGGCAUCACAGCUGCUGAUGAUUUGGAGAAUUUGACCAAUGUUAUUGGUGAGGGCGCCAGCAAGCUGCAGAGCGCCAUCCGGCAGUAUCUCGACAACUAG